CUACCUCCCCCAGGGCCGGAACAUUAUGCCGCACGACGAGCUCGCUGGCUAACCCCGUCGAAGCAGGCCCGUCGUAAUCACUCAUCGACAUCUUACCAGAAACUCGAGAAACUCCUCGCUCGGCCCGGAGCAGCACAGAGUCCUGAAGUAUGGAAAGGCGGAGUGGAGAAGGUCUGGAAGUGCCUAGUAGCAGGAGGACGACUCAAGCGGAGCCUGCCUAUGCCACUGGUGAUCAAAAUCAUCCAUGCUGGUUGGCUGCGGGACCCGGAAACUUGGCCGGCAGGUGCUGUCGCACCAGACUCCGACAAUGAACAAAAUCCAGAC